AUGUCUCAAGAACAUACUACUGUUGCUGUUAAUCCUGCUGGCUCCUUGGAAAACGCAAUUGCGGAUUUGCGUGAAGAAGUUCGUGGUCUGGCUGUCGAAAUUUCGAAGGCUGGCGGUCAGCCAGAAAAGGAGGUGGAACCCCUACGUCUUUUGCUGGGCAAAAGGGCUGCUGACUUGCAAUCUCUGUUGGAUCUGGUUGUCUUGACAUCAGAUGGAUCUGGAUUGCCUCCUGGUUUUUCUUCGUUGCGCUCUGCUGCCAAGGCUGUCAACUCUUUUGUACCUGACGGUCUUCCCUUGUUCCAAUGGACCGGCCUGAUUAGGGAUAGUAACAGGGAAAGUUUUCCGAAUGUUGAAGCAUGUAUUCGUCGGUUUGAGGAUGUACUCAUCUCUCAUGAAAUGAGCCUUGACACCGACUGGUCCCGCUUGUUGCCCCGUUGCUUAGGUAUUGACCUGCGUAACUGGCUGAAUGAAUUUGUCGAAGGACAAGGGGAUGCGCAGAUCUCUUGGUCCGCUGUGAAGAAGGCGAUCAUCUCUCGUUACGGUGUUCCUAGGGAGCAAAGUUGGUUUGCUCGGAUCCGUGAAUUCUUGGCUUGCACGAAGCAAGACAGUGAGUCUGUUGACUCCUUCCUGGAACGGUUUAAGGGUUUGAGAGCAAGAUCCGAGGUGUCUGACAAGCAUGUGGCUGCUCUGGUGUUCUUCGAUGCGUUCCCGAAUUCUGUUUCUCGCUUGCUUACUGUAGCAAUGAGCCAAGCUUCCGAAACUUCGUUCUAUGAUAUCGACUAUAUGUCUUCUGUGGCCCGCCGUCUGGAUGCGACUAUUGAGAAGAAGGUCGGUAAGGGUGUUGAUCGCUUGGGCUCUCGCAAGAGAGAAGCGGAUGCUUCACACCUUCCAGUAUCCAAUGAGGCUAAGAAGUCAAGAUGGUACGAGGAACCGAGUUCUUCUGGUGCUCGUGGGGCUUCUUCGCGUCGUUCUAAUUCUGGUGUCAGGGAUCCUUGGGUUUCGAAGUUUGGCAAGACCAUGGCUCAACAUCGUGCGGAGCAAUCGUGCAAGGAAUGCAAUGGACACUACGGAAAGGGCCAUUCGUGUGCCAACGGUGGUUCUUCUGGUCCUACGAAGACUGUUCGCAUGAUGACGAAGCGUCCAACAGUACAAUCCAUGGUGAACAAGGCUUUGGCGUCUGAGGCUGGUGCUGCCGUACUUCGGGAAAAGAGCAGGGAGAUCAAUGCCUGUUCCGCUGCGUCUUCGGUUGCUGCUUCUGUCGUUGCUGCUUCUGUUCCCGUGCGGGAUGAAGUUAGUCCUGGUUUGUCUUCUGUUCAGGAGACUGAGAACACUGAGGUUGACUCUGAUGUGGAAAUGUCGGAAUCAGAUGGUCAUACUAUCACCGAUGCUGAGGACCUGUGUGGUCGAGCUCAGGCUUCGAUUGUUGAUGGUAUGGACAGUGUUUCUGUGUCUGAUGUUGACUUGGUGCAGAAUUUGUCUGCUCAAGAAUGUAAGUUUGAUGCUGUAUUUAGUGCACCUCCUACAUUGCGUUCCAAUGCCAUUUGUGUUCCAAUUGUGGUACAAAAUGUCAUUUGUUUCGGCAUCGUAGACACUGGUGCGACUUUUAGUUGCAUUACUGACGAGUUUUUCGAUCAUCUAGGAGGUCGUACUCAUUCUGGUUUUGAAGCUGCUGCUGCUGACAGUAUUGUACAGUUGGCACAUGAAGCGACUACCGUUCCUCGUGUUGGUUCUGUGGUCUUGAAUGUUACUUAUAAUAAAGUUGUUAGUUCACAUUCAUUUGAAGUUUUUACAUUUUAUUCGGAAGAAAAUGUACAUGUGUUAUUGGGAAUGGAUGUUCUCUCUAAGAUUGGUAUUGGUAUUAGUGGUUUAGUGAGUCAGCAUGAUUUUCAGACUGGGCCCAGAAAGCCAGAUCCUGUUGACGACUCGAUUGAACCUAAUCACCAUCCAUUUGGUAGUGAUAAGGAACGUGCUCCUUACGUUAGGCUAUUGAAUGAACUGUUAUUGGAGAAUUCGCAAAUUGACAUGAGAAAUACUCAGUGUAAUUUGCCUGAUUCUGUUAUCAAGCUGGAUACUAAGCCUGGCUGUGUUGCCUAUCGUGCUCAAUAUCCACUUGCGGAGGCCUAUAGGGAUGCUGUUAAUAAACAGAUCCAAGUGUGGCUUGAUGAAGGCGUUAUCGAACGAUCGGCGAGUCAUACCCGCUUCAAUCAUCCGUUGUUGGUGGUGAAGAAGAAAGAUUCGAAUGGCAAUUAUGACAUGUCUAAGCCUCGUGUGGUGUUAGAUGUCCGUAAGUUGAAUUCGAUUUUGGAGGUUGAUGACAAACAACAGUUGCCGUUGAUUUCAUCUAUUCAUCAGAAUAUUGGGAAUAAAACGAUUCAUACUUGUCUGGAUAUCCAUGCUUGUUUUACCAGUUUUGGAUUGGAUCCCUCGCAAGCUCAUAAGGUUUCGUUUACUUCGCCGUUUAGCAAUACUCAGUACACCUUUCGGAAGGCUGCGUACGGUAUUCGUCAUGUUGGUUCAGUAGUUGUUCGUACAUUGCAGAAUCUGUUGUCAGAUCUGAAUACGUCCAAUGCUGCUACUCCCAAUUCUACCAAGGAUGACCAGUCAGUGUUCUGCUACGUUGAUGAUAUAAUCUGUAGUACCUCGGGUAGCUUGGAAAAUCACUUUAAACUUGUUGCUGAAGUGAUUCGUCGUUUGACAAAGGCUAAUCUGGUUUUGAAUCCAGAGAAGGUGGUCUUUGCUCAGAGAAGCAUUUACCUUUUAGGAUGGAGUGUAAUUGAUGGCAAGUUAGUCCCUGAUGGAAGAAAACUUACCAAUAUCAUGCAGUGGCCUCCUAUUAAGACUGGUAGACAGCUUGCUUCGUUUCUGGGUCUGAUGUCCUAUUUCCGAUCUUCUAUUCCGAUGUAUUCUCGCUUAACGGGUGAUCUCGACUCGUUGAAGCAGUGUAAAGAUUUGUCGAAGGUCUGGACGGCAAGACAUGACAGAACUAUUGCAAAUUUGAAGGAUGCACUUACCAAUGCGUUGGUUAUGUCCACCCCUGAUUUCUCAUGUCGAUUUCAUUUAGCUACUGAUGCUAGUCUCACUGCAAUUGGUGGUUUGUUGUACCAAGUGAUUCAGAAUGAAAUUCGGUAUAUUGGUUUGGUAUCGCGUAAACUCUCUCCUUCUAAACGCAAUUACAGUACUACGAAACGUGAGCUUUUGGGAAUUUGUUAUUCAUUAGAAAAGUUUCAUCGGUUUCUGUAUAUGAGUCGGUUUACCCUGCACACGGAUCACAAGAGUUUGAUCUAUUUGAAUACGCAAGAGAUUCCUAAUGCGUUGAUGCUUGGGUGGUGGGAGAACAUCUUUUCUUACACUUUUGACAUUGUUCACUUACCUGGUGUUUUGAAUGUCAUUCCUGAUGCUUUAUCUCGGCUGUAUGAAGAUGACGAUGCUUCCGCACGCCAUCUUCUGGGGGGCAGGUACUAUGCUGAUGGAGGUGAAAGGUUGAAGCAGAAGAGAAAGAUGGGUUCUAAGUUGAAAUCUACCACACCAACUGUUCAAAUGAAACGUAUUCCUGUUCGAAUUACUCGUGUUUUACGAAAGGAUACUAGUAUUGGUGAUGAUGGCCUGGUUGAUGUGAAGCAUUCUUCGAUGAAAGCUAGCACCUCAUCAGCUGCCUCGUCAAAGCAACAACAAGAGUUAAUUUUACGUACUAUGAAGUUUCGCGAUUAUGUUACCCCACCUGCUACUGAACGAGAUAAUAUGAUUAUUUCUCAACAUUUGGUCGGUCAUUUCGGAAUCAACCAUGUUGAAACUGCUAUUCAUCAUGAAGGAUUCCAUUGGACUAACAUUCGUAAGGAUAUUGAACGUAUCUUGGGGGAUUGUAUUGAAUGUAACAAGUUCAACAUUGCUCGAGAAGGUUAUCAUCCUUUCCGAAGUGCCAAAGCUGAUCAACCUUUGGAUCAUUGGUGUAUGGAUCUUGGUGAUAUGGGUGUCACAAGUUCAUUCGGUAGCAACUUCAUAUUCGUAAUGACGGAUAUUUAUAGUCGAUUUACGGUCAUUCGCUGCAUUCCAGAUAAGCAUGCUACUACUAUCGCUCGUGAAUUACUUCAGGUUUUUUCUCUUUUCGGUUGGCCAAAGAUCUUGACAUCUGAUAGAGGAAAGGAAUUCAUCAAUGAGGUUGUAGAAGCUAUGGUCGAGAUCAGUGGUAUUGACAGACGUCUCUCGUUAGCAUGGAACCCGUUGGGUAACAGUGUUGCGGAGAGUUGGAUUAAACUUGCAAAGUCGACAACAGUUAAGUUGCUUAAAGGAAAACGUGAUCAGUGGGAACACUAUAUUCCUUGGGUUAAUUAUUGUCUGAAUGUCAAGUAUGCUAGAUUGCACAAGUCUCGUCCUUAUACGAUUUUGUUUAAUCGCCAACCUAAUGGUUUGACGGAUUAUUCAAAGGUAGACUUGACUCGUAGUUACGAUGUAGUGGAUCAGAAGAAGAUUGAUGAGAAGUAUAGCUUCGUUCAAAAUGUUCUUAUUCCAGCUAUCUCGAAACGUAUUUUAGAGACUCAGAAGAAGGAUCAUGCCAAUUUUGCUAAGAAGCACAAGAUCAUCGAGAAGCCUUAUCCCGUUGGGAGUAAGGUGAUGGUAGUGAAUGAGAAUAAGAGCAACGAGUUGGAUGUUCGAUAUGAGGGUCCCUAUUUGAUCAACGGAAUUACUAGCAAAGGCUCGUACGUUCUGAUGGAUCGUACAGGUAAUCUCCUGAGUUAUGAUGUACCUACGCAUAAAUUAGUGUAUAAUGCUGCGGCUAAUGCUACGCUAACUUCUAAAGAGGACUUUAUUCGCGAACAUCAAGAGAUUCAAGCGGUUAUCAACCAUAGAGGCUCACCGGGCAAGUAUAAAUACUUGGUGCAGUGGAAAGGAUUUGAUGAACCUACUUGGGAACCUAUUGAACAUUUCAACUCUACUGAAUGUAUUGAAUUAUAUUGGGGUAGAAGGAAUGGUGCAAAGGCUGUUGGCAAGCGCAAGAUUGCUCCUGCAACAGUAAAUCAGAAUAAGGCUGCUACUCGUCCUCAGAAGAAACGUGGUAGACCAGCUAAGAAUCGGUCUUAA